AUGCCCCCCAGGCGCGCGAGCCGACCCCCUUUCCAGGCCGGGCUGCCUGGCCGCCGAGAAGCCCAAGGUUCGCCCUUGAGUCCUCAGCCUGCCCGGGGCGCGGGACCCGGGGAAUGGGCGCCGAGUCGUGAGUCUUGGAAGGCUGUGCGUCGAGGAGGGCGGCAUCGCCUCCGGCGGGUGCAGGCCUCCGGCAAGGCCUCGGAGGAACUGGUUCUUCAAACAGACCAGCCGCGCUGCGAGCUGGAAGCGCUAGAAGCCGUUUUCGCUCAGACCCACUACCCAGACGUGUUUACGAGGGAAGAGCUGGCCAUGAAGAUCAACCUCACGGAAGCCCGCGUCCAGGUCUGGUUUCAAAACAGAAGGGCCAAAUGGAGAAAAACUGAGAGAGGGGCUUCUGAUCAGGAAGGGCCUAAAGAGACAAUGGCUGAAGUGACACCCGCAGGAAGGAAUUUAAACUCUCCCUCCCCAGUUGAUCAUACCAGAAAUAAGAAGGAGAAUCUAGAGAUUCAACAGAGCCUUAGCAGAGGAGUUGGCCCUUCUGGUCCCUUUUUCCCCUCAUGUCUACCAGGGACUCUCCUCAAUACAGCCACAUAUGCACAGGCUUUGUCGCAAGUUGCAUCCCUCAAAGGUAGUCCACUCUGCUCUUGCUGCGUUCCUGACCACAUGGGGCUCUCCUUCCUUCCCACGUACGGCUGCCAGAGUAAUCGCACAGCAAGCGUAGCAGCCCUGCGCAUGAAAGCACGCGAACAUUCCGAGGCUGUGCUUCAGUCAGCAAAUCUUCUGGCCUCCAGCAGCCCUGGCCCCAGCUGUGGUUCAGGGGCCAAGCCCAGUGCAGAGAAUGUCUUGGACAACAAGCCUCCUUUGACUGUAGAACAGAACGACAGUGAGAAAAGUGUCUGAGAGCCUGCCUUCCACAUCACAAUGAACCCAGUAAUCCUGAGAAGCCAAAUCUAAGGAAAUCUACCUGACCGGUGUACAACCUCAGCUAUCUGGAUCAUUUUGCAUCUGGAAGAAAAUGUGGUAGCUGUUUGCUUUCCCAGCAAGCUACAAGUGCAAGCGUUCAUCAGUCAUCUUUCUUACUGACAUCUUUUACUUCUUGAUAAAUUUCCUCGGGUUCCUUAUUAGCCCCAUGGAGUCUGGUGCUGCUUCAAUCUAAAGCAAAACUGGAUUCAGGAGUCCUAUUAGAAGCUGUAGAGAGAAACUUGGGACCGUUCUCCGGCACCUCUUGUGUAUUGAUUCCUAAACAUCCCAGAGGUUUAUAAAGAAAUUCUCUCUGUGCAUGUAUACGCGUACAUAUGCACGUACACAUAUGAGACACUGUGUUUUAUUGCUAAUUUAAAAUUAUGAAUUGCUUUUUCUUUUGAAAGAGAAUUGUGUAAUGGUGGAAAGGAA